AUGGAAACAAAGAAUCAACAUAAUUGUGGAGAAUGGUAUGUUAGUGAUUUUGGAUUUUGUGGACCUGCUGAUAAACCAUUAGGAAGUAUAUAUGGAAAUCUUCCUUAUAUAGCGCCUGAAGUUAUUAAUGGAAAAGGAUAUACUUUUGCAUCAGAUAUUUAUAGUAUUGGUAUACUCAUGUGGGAAAUUUCAUCUGGACAACCCCCUUUUGCUUAUGCUAACCAUGAUUAUGAUCUUGCAAUAAAUCUAAUAAAAGGAAUGAGACCACAAAUCGUACAAGGAACUCCAACAGAAUAUAAAAAUUUAUGGUUCAAUAAAUCAUAUUUUCAAGAUAAAAAUAAAGAAUAA